AUCUUGCCCUUCCAUUUUCACCGCCCCGAAAAAGAAAUCGCUAAAAUGAAUGGAAAUAUAGUCAACGGAAUUCCCAAGGCGACAAAGUUAUCAGAUCCGCAACUUCUCUACAUCAAUGGCGCAGAAGUCGCAUCCUCUAAUUCCGGGACCUUUACCGCCACAAACCCCAUGACUGGCAAAGACAUCUAUGCGUGCUCCUCUGCCAGCGUCGAUGACUACAAGGAAGCAAUAUUGUCAGCGCAGACAGCUUUCAAAACGUGGUCUCGGACCCCUCCCUCGGCACGACGUCUAAUCUUUCUCAAGGCGGCGGAUAUCCUUGACUCGUAUCUAGAAGGCCAGGAGCACGAUGAAGGUGCCGACGUGGGUGAAAUUAUGUCGGCCGAAGUAUCAGCAACUAAGAGCUGGACUACAGUGAACAUAAAGGCUGGGGCAGGAUUCCUGAGAGAGGCCGCCGGCCUAGUCACUCAUAUCAAAGGAGAGAUUGUGCCAGCUGAUCGGCCAGGAACAACAAUUAUGGUGUUGAGGGAAGCGGUGGGAGUGGUAUUUGCGAUAAGCCCGUGGAACGCGCCGGUGUCUUUGGCGGCACGUGCGAUUGCCACACCGUUGAUAUGUGGCAACACCGUUGUCCUCAAGCCGUCUGAAUUUUCCCCGAAAUCACAGUACAUUAUGGUCAGAGCACUGGCAGCUGCGGGCCUUCCCGCUGGCUGUUUGAAUUUCCUCCCUACCCGGCCCGCGGACGCGGCCCUUGUGACCGAGGUGGCAGUCAAGCACCCACUUGUGCGCCGGAUCAAUUUUACAGGGAGCGACAGAGUCGGCACCAUUAUUGCGGGAUGGGCUGCCAGUGUCCUGAAACAAUGUGUUUUGGAACUAGGCGGGAAAGCCCCGGUCUUGGUCCUCGAAGAUGCUGCCAUUAGUGAUGCGGUAGAAGCAAUAGCUUUUGGUGGCCUUAGUAAUAACGGCCAAAUUUGCAUGAGCACUGAACGAGUAAUUAUUCACGAUACAGUCGCAGAGGAGCUCAAGACUAGCCUGCUGGCGAAAGUUAACACUCUGAAGUGCGGAAGCCAAUAUGACGAUCCGAGUGUGGCAUUAAGUGGUCUAUACACGCCAUCUAGUGCAAAGAGAGUUUUAGGUCUGGUGAAAUCCGCAAUUGAGCAAGGUGCAGAGCUGUUGACUGGCGAUCUCGAGAUACACGGGCAGAAUGGGACAAUCCUGAAGCCACAUAUUCUGGAUAAUGUGACGAUGGACAUGGAAAUCUCUAAAGAGGAGUCUUUUGGUCCAAUCAUGUGUCUAUAUCGUGUCUCCUCUGAUGAGGAGGCAAUAGAAGUGGCCAACUCUAGUGAGUUCACUCUAUGUUCCAGUGUUUUCUCUCGGGAUGUGUUGCGUGCUAUGGGAGUUGCAAAGCAGGUCAGGGCAGGCAGUUGUCAUAUCAAUGGCCCUACGGUAUAUAUUGAGGCUCCAUUGCCAAAUGGUGGAACAGGCGGAAGGAGUGGUUACGGACGUUUUGGUGGAAUGGCCGGCGUGGAGGAGUUUACGGAGAGGAAGAUUCUUACCUUAGGCCAACCAGGGAUGAGAUAUCCUUUCUGAUUUAUAGAC